CUGCCUCAAAAUCCCAGGUUGCCAUUCAGGCUCGCUUCUUCUGCAUCUGCUCUACUUCCUUCGCCCGGCAAUUUUCCAUCUUCGCGCCUUUUUUGUCUACUUUCUCGUUGACUCGAGAUCUAUAUCCACUCACAUCCACCCUUCCAGGCCAGCGAGCAGGUGACUUCUCGUCACCUGAUAAACCAUCAAAAGGUAGGCUGGCUUCCAUCCCAGCACCAUCCCCAGCAUACCUCCCCAUCCUGCUAUCGUCGUCUUCAACACGAAUAUUGCCUUGUUUCUGCUUCAUCAUGCUCCAUUUCCACCCGGCUGCUCGCCACGAAGGUCCACAGCAAAAUGCUGGGAAAUCUCAGCGUCCGCAGUCGAGCUCAUCGCAACCUCUGACGUCGAGCUAGCCUCCCACAUCACUAGAGUCCUACCUUUGCUCCCUAAGACCACUCUACUCUUUUGAUGCUCACUGUUUUCUCGCUACAGCAAGGUGUCAGAUUCACAGGUACCAUCUUUUCUGUUGUUUAGCUUGAAAUUGCCCCUCUGUUGUUCUCCCAGCGUUAACUGUUGACGCGUUCACCAACAUCACAUUCUUCCUUGGAUCCACACUCAACCAUAUCUCCUCUACUACUUUUACUGAACACCUAUCAACUUUUGCUUCUUCUUCUUUUAUUGCAUGGACUUUUUCUAAUUGGUUUUGAUUCGCAGAUUUUAUUCCCUCAAAUCGAAGGUCGGUAGGGAAUUUUUCAAGCCCCCAAAAUACACCUUAAGUCUGUCAGGUUUUCCAUUUGGAAUUCCUGACGCCUCCCCCACCCCUACUCUCGGUGCAGUUGCAUCCUUCGCCUUAACAUGAUUUAUUUUUUUUCCGGCAGCCUUGCAACGUAUUUGAAUUGCCAAGCUGAUAGGACAAGCAGCCAUGUCUGACAACAUCGGCUCGAUCUCCACCGCUGACGGAAAGCGCAAACGCGAAUCUCUUGACGCUGGUGAUAGCCAGCGGUUGGCUCGCUCGCCUCCCAUGGCGAACACCAACGCCAAUAUGCACCCGAACAAUGGCAACAUCCAUGGAUACGAUACCCAUGGAUUAAACAACCCCACCGAGCUGAGCCACAUUGACCAGCAGCUUCUUCAGCACGUCGGUGGUCAGAAUGGCGUCUCCGAUGAUAACGCGAUGACUGCGAAGGCCGCUCUCGCCGCUCACCCCCAGCCUAAAUUCUCGGCCCCAGAGUCGGCUUUUGACAACAACGCCCUCGGCCACAAUAUCGCCGCGUUCGGCGAAGACGUUACGCAAGUUGCCAUGCCAGGUGUGCACGGGCACAACUCCACUGCUGCAGCUGUUUACGCUGCCCGCGAAGCUCAGAGUAUCAGCCACUCGAAACCUCCCGUGGGUUCUCCUGAGUGGCAUACCCAAAGAAAAAAUAAUCACAAAGAAGUCGAACGACGUCGUCGCGAGACUAUAAACGAAGGAAUCAAUGAACUCGCAAAGCUGGUUCCUGGCUGCGAAAAGGCAAAAGGCUCUAUCCUGCAACGUGCUGUGCAGUACAUUUCGAAGUUGCAAGAGGAUAAUAAAACCAUGGUUGAUCGUUGGGACACAACCCAAAUGACCACCACUCAAGCCAUUGCAGAAAUCAGCGCCCAAAAUGCCAAGCUGAAGGCUGAGGUCAACCGUCGUGGUGUCCUCGCGAUGAAGUGGCUGCAGAGAUGCCGAGAAGCCGGCCUCGAUUUUCCAGACUACGACGACGACAAGGACCUCUCGCAGCUCGAAAUCGAUGACGUCCAGAUCUAAAGGACCCUUUCGUCAGUCGCCUUCAGCUUUCAAUGCAUUUUUAUCGUUUUUUGCUGGUCUUCGUCCUUCCUUGUACCUUUUUUUUCUUUGCUCAGCCUUAUGUCGUUCCGGGUGAUGAUAUUUAAAAGGCUCUGUCACCCGGCCGCCGUAUCCAGAUUGUAUUUUACCGAUGGAUGGAACGUCGACGACCUUACGAUACUUGACGCUUUAUCUUUUUCAAGUGGCAUGCCCUUAUCUCCCUUCGAUUAAUCUCCUUCAUGGUGGCGUUACACGGUGAUGAUGGACUCGGUGCUUGCUUCAAAUGUCUCGUUUCGAUGUGGCGAAAAUCAAGGUUUUAAUGUGUUUUCCGAUGGACAAAUGGUUGGGGAGGGUUCAGACGUUUAUGAAGUUUGAAGUUUUAUAUUUGUUAUCGUUUUCUAAAGGUUUAACUGUAUUUAAACCCUCUUACAUGAGAGGAAGGGCAAUCAUCAAAGAUUAGCCAUGUGAAUGCAGACGUUACUAUCUCUUAUCUAUAAAAAAA